AUGUUCAAGCGAUUCUUUUCCUGUUUUAAUGACUCUAGCGAUCAGAGAUAGGUCGAUCUCUCCAGAAAUACUCUUUAAAAUUAGCAAUAUUACAUAGCAUAAGUGAAUCCUGAGAGUAAUAUAAUUGGGGAGUAGAUAAAUUUCGAGACGCAUGACUUUGAUUCCUCAAGAUUUUAAAAACAUCUCAACUAAAAUGCUCCUCUGCAUAUGAUUGGUGUUCUCAAUAAAGUAAUUUAUUCGCAGCUAUUCCUGAUCUUUACCUUUUUUAUCUAGUUUUAUAACGAGUCUUCCCAGCACGAUAUUGAUUAGUAUGGAGCAGGAUUUGAAGAAACAAAGAUCACUACUGCCUCUCCGUCCAAAAACCACCUCCACAAAUUGUAACUCGAGGAAAUGAAUCCUGACUUAGUUCCAGUUUUACAUUAAGGAUCAUUGAUGUCCCGCAAUCAUAUUGAAAAUUCUUCUAAUGAUCUAUUUCAUCAGGGUAAUAAUGACACUUUAUAGAAUUUAGAAAGUCAAUCAUUCGUAGAAAAUUAACAACUUCACGAGUAGUCAUAGCUUACUGUCUUAAAUUAGAUUAAUGUCGAAAAAUAAUUAAACUCCUAUCUACAAUAGGCUAAUCAUCUCGCUAACCUUAAUACAGCUGGUUAAGAUCGUCAUGACUCAUAGAAAAGAUAAAAUCUAGGCAAUCAUUACUAUUAAUAAGAAAGGAGUUCUACUGACAAAGAGUAUAGUAGUAGUUCAUUUAAGACAAUAGGUCCCUAAACCUAAAACUAAUUAAUGAACCCAUAAUAGCAAUCAUAAAAAUCCUCUACAUAUAGACAGAGCCAAGAUUCAUCAGAGACAUCUUCAAAAGUAAUGUUUAAUGCUGCUCAUUAUAAUUCAACAAAUGUCUAAGAUCACUAGUUAACAACAAUUAAUCCAGAUUUGAUUGGUUAAAGCAAGUAACCUGAGUAUAAAACUCCCCAACAGUCAUUUUACAAGACUCAUAGAGGCGGCCAUCACAAAAGAACACCAACAGGAGCUUUGACAUUGAAAAAAGACAAAUUACUUAUUAAAGGAAAUUCUCACUAAAAAAAUAGCAGAACUUCUUAGAAUAAUGAUGGUAAUAUUGUGACACCGUAUAGAACUUACAGGAUACCAUAGAGUGUUCGAGCCUCUUUAGUUUCGAAAUCAGAUUCUUUAAAAUCUUCAAGCUAGAAAUCAACUCCUCUGAAAAGAGGUUAGAGAGCAUCACCUUAAUAGAUGAUUGAUCAACUUGACUAGGUUAUUUUAGAGGAAUAAAACUAAGAUCUAGAUCAAACUCUAGAGGAAAUAAAGGUUGUUGAAGUAGGAGAAGAUGAUUUUGUAGACUAAUAAUUGCUUGAUGUAUUUGAUCCUGAAGAUGGUUAUUAAAUGGAUCUAGGUGCAUUAUAAUCAAUAAAAAAAAGAUAAACAUCAAAGACUGAGGUAUUUAAUCCUAGCUUCAAUUCACCUCUGAAAAAGUAAAUGGUAAAUCAUUAACCUAGAAUUCAACCAUUGUUCUCGUCGAAUAUAAACGCAGCUGGAAUUUAGUAAUAAGUUAGAUAAAUACAAUUCUCUCACAAAAAGACUAUUAGUUAAACUCCUCUUAUGCAUUUGGCAUAAACUACUGGAAGCAUGUAUGGUUCUACCAGAAAUAGUGGACUUUAACAAAAGAUAAGUUAAAAAUCUAACUCUCCAAUAAGAGAUAGAGCAUCAUCAGCUUAGAAAAAAAGAUAAUCCCAUGGAGCAGUAUUACUUUAACCUUAAAAAUAGACAGUUAAUAAAAUUUAAAAUCCAAGAAAAAGCUCUGGUCUAAAUUUUUCUAACGGAAAUAUCAAUAAUUCUAAUUAGAAGGAAACCUCAAAUAAAAGACUUUCACUUCAGAUGAGUGCAUGUUCAAAUGAUGAAGAGGAAAGAGUAACAAAGGAACAUAAAGAUCAGAGAAUGACAGAGUACUUCAAAAUUUAAAACUAAGGCCUUUAUUAACAAAUAAAGCAUCAAUAACACUCUUACCAAAAUAAAUAUGCUUCAACUUCUUAAUCAGCAAAGUAAAUUUGA